UUUCGGGGGCGGGGCGUUGUGUGCCGUCUGGCUGUUCGGCCGAGUGGCGGUGGGUUGCGAUUCUGUUGUCAUUCCCCCUGCAGCCUUCGGCGGGGACUGCGAGAUCCCGCCCCUCGACGUGGCAGAGCGUCGUGCAGGGCAAGGUCCCGCCUCCUGGCCCUUUGGGCCUCGUCAGUCCCGCGAGCAGUGCUCCAGCAGGACUUCCAGGUCACGAUGAAGGUUCUUUUACUGAAAGACACAAAGGAGGAUGAUUGUAGCCAAGAUCCGUAUAUCAGGGAAUUAGCACUGUGUGGCCUGGAAGCCACAUUGAUCCCAGUGUUAUCAUUUGAGUUUCUAUCUCUCUCCAGCUUCUCUGAGAAGCUGUCUCAUCCAGAAGAUUACGGGGGACUCAUUUUUACCAGCCCCAGAGCAGUGGAAGCAGUGGAGCUGUGUUUGAGGAAAGACAGUAAAACUGAAGACUGGAAAAGGUCUCUGAGAGAAAAAUGGAGCCCUAAGUCCGUGUAUGUGGUUGGAAAGGCUACAGCUUCCCUAGUUAAUAAAAUCGGCCUAGAUUUUGAAGGAGAAAACUGUGGAAAUGCAGAAAAGCUAGCGGAAUAUAUUUGUACCAGGGAGUCACCAGCACUGCCUCUUCUGUUUCCCUGUGGAACCCUCAAAAGAGAAGUCCUGCCGAAUAUGCUCAAGAACAAAGGGAUUCCCAUGGAGAGCAUAACUGUCUAUCAGACCAUUCCACAUCCCGAAAUCCAAGGGAACCUACACCGCUACUACUCCAAGCAGGGCAUCCCAGCCUGUGUCACAUUUUUCAGUCCCUCUGGUCUUAGAUACAGUCUCAAGCACAUUCAAGAGUUAUCUGGUGAUGGCAUUGAUCAAAUUAAGCUGGCAGCCAUUGGCCCCACCACAGCACGUGCUCUGGCUGCCGAGGGGCUGCUUGUGAGCUGUACUGCAGAGAGCCCCACACCGCAAGCCCUGGCUGCUGGGAUCAGGGUGGCACUACAGCCCCACUGUGGCCACUGAGUCGAGUGCGGCCCCGACCCCCACAGCGCUCUUGGGUCCCACCCUUCUCUGGAUGGUGAGGGCAGCACACUGCUGUCUUGGAGCUGGAGCCCAGCAUCCGGCAGGGGCUCUUGAGAAACUGUGACCAUCCAACACCUACCUCAUGUCUCAGUGGAAGCACCUUGAUCAGAGAUGGAUCAGCCUGGGGUCAGCAUCCAGCCCACGUGCUCAUCAUUGCUGUCCAGUGAGGUCCACCUCUGAACCUAGCCCGGGUGCGCACUAGGCAGGCCCCGAGCUCCAUGACAGCUGCUUGUUCCCAGCAAGAAGGAAACAAAUAAAGCACACAGGCUGCCUGUGUUCACCGAG